UUGCGCUUUCUGGUGCGUUUUUCGAUGCAUUAUAUUCCAAAUCGAUUGGAAUUGAAUUAUGGGCUUCUUUUAAAUAUGAGAUCUUGCUUCGUUGAAAUGAUUUGUGGUCUCUCUCUGUUUUGUAUUCAAGCAGAAUUUACCCGAAUUCUCAUUGUUGGUCAUUUCGUUCGUUUGGACAAUGAGAGGAAAUAUAUUUAUUUAGUAGAAUCAAGGAUAAUUAAUUCCGCCCCCCCCCCCGAGGGUGUGGGGGGUCGGUUUUCUUUCUUGAUAGAUAAUCCACCGUUAUAAAAGAGAGGGUUAGUGAUAUGAGGGAUCCUGUACACAAAUUUGCGGGAAAAUACAGUUGAGUUUAGUUUUUUUGUCUCUUAUAAUUUUGUACUUAUGAACUAUUUUCUGUUUUUCUUUAUAUGGAUUAACUGAAGCACUCAAAUGGGCGAUUUUUGGGGUCCUGAUUUGAUAAGUGAUCUUCCUCAAAGUAUUAUAGAGAGUAUUCUGGUAAGAUUGCCGAUAAGAGAUGCCGUUAGAACAAGCAUUUUGUCGAGUAAAUGGAGGUACAAAUGGAAUGGCAUCACUAAAAUUGUGAUUGAUGAAAAAUGUGUUCCUUCCGGUAAUGAUCCAACUAUUGUUGAGAAAAGCCUUAUAAAGUUCGUCAACCAGCUGCUCUUUCUUCACCAAGGUCCAAUACAUAAGUUUCAAAUCACGAAUUCAUACUUGCAGAGCUGCCCAGAAAUAGAUCAGUGGGUUCUUUUUCUUUCAAGGAAUGAUUUAAAAGAAUUGGUUCUGGAAUUAGGUGAAGGUGAAUGGUUUAGAAUACCAUCAUGUCUUUUCAAUUGUAAGAAAUUGACUCGCUUGGAGCUCUUCCGCUGUGAGUUGGAACUUCCUCUUACCUUUAAAGGAUUUUUGUGUUUAAAGACUCUCAUCCUUCAUCAAGUUCUGAUAUCUCCUGAAGCAAUUGAGAGUCUUAUUUCCAGUUGCUCACUUUUGGAGAGUUUAUCACUGUCAUACUUUGAUAGUUUAGCUCUCACUAUUCAUGCCCCAAAUCUCCUAUACUUGUAUCUUGAAGGUGAAUUUAAGGAUCUAUGUCUUGAAGACACCCCACUUCUGGUUGAUAUAUCUGUUGCUAUGUAUAUGACUGACGACAUUGCUGAGCACUUUGAGCAAAGUUCAAGUUGCAAUUUUACCAAGUUUCUAGGUGGUGUGCCUAAUCUUGAGAGGCUCGCUGGGCAUAUCUACUUUACAAAGUAUUUGAGCAUAGGCAAUGAUCCAGGAAAGCUACCAGUAACAUAUCGCAAUUUAGAGACUGUUGAAUUAUAUCAAGUAAGUUUUGAGGAUAUGAAAGAGAUACUUGUGGUCCUUCGCCUUAUUACAAGCUCUCCCAAUCUAAAAGAGCUUCAAAUUUCAGUAAGUCCUUGUACACCGCCUGCAACGGAUACUCCGGAUUUGGAUUUUUGGAGUAAGGAAUGCCCUUCAGAUUGUACACUUAAACAGCUUAAAGUUGUGAAGUUAACAGAUAUGUGUGGUGUACCGCAUGAGAUGGAAUUAAUCAAGUUUUUGCUUGCCAACUCACCUGUGCUUGAAACCAUGAGCAUUGUUCCCUGUAUGUAUGUAAUGGAAAGUCAAUUGAAAAUGUUGAUUGAGUUGGUGAGAUUUCGACGAGCUUCUGCUCGCGCAGAAAUCAUUUUUGUUCGUGAUUAGAUUUGUAUAGACCAUCUUAUCAAAUGCAUUCUUUCCCUCCCUUUCCCCAUAUAUUGUCUUUAUCUUUUCAUC